CUCCAAACCCGGUCGUGGAGGGGCGCCGUACAGGUAAAAUUUCGUCGACGUCACCUCUGCCUGCGCCAUCCCGCGCCUGCUGCCCUCACCUUGCGCCUGUCGGUCGCCUCGCGCUCCGCGUACAGGAGAGGACGUGAAACAGGAUGGAUCGCCGCGGGAAGCCGGAUGAGAUGUUCCUCAGCAAGCCGUCGGAUGACUGCGACAGCCCUACCGUCGAGCCUCUGAAGAUAUUCAAGCCCCAGAGCCCCAAGCCCUCGUCCGAUCGCUUCAGAUAUCCCACGCCGGUAUCGUCCAGGCCGACCUUUCCCCUGCCGCCGGGGGCCUCGAGCUCUGCUGCGCCUCUACCCUACCCUGACGACGACGACAGUGGGUUGGGCCAGCCCUCGCAAUCGACUCGACCCCCCUACCCCGCCGACGAGCGUCGGCCGUCCGCCGGGAGGGUGUACGCGAGUCCCAUCAACACACACACUCCCAAUGACACCACCCCCCGAUUAGAUACGAGCCCCGUCGACAAGAGGGGGCCUGGCCUCGCAGAGCGGCGGGGGACUGCCCCGAGACCUCUGCCAGGAGCGCUCAGCCCCGGCAGCCCCCCCGCGGAUGACGGUGGUCUCUUCGCGAAACCCCUGGCCAACCCACCGAAGCCGGCUGCCGUCUCUUCCGCGACGACCUUUCCUAGCUAUCAAAAGAAGCCUUACUAUCCGCCACCCAAAGUGAACUCCGUCGGUUCGAGCUCAGGUUUGAACAGCAAUGCGCGACUUCAGACUCCCGACAACAGCAACACCCUCGGAAUGCCUGCAGAAAGUGGCGUCAACCGCUUCUCAUCGACGGCCUCCACGUCAACUACGCGGGCGAGCCGAGGGUCUCCGCCCCCGCCCGAGACGCCCGUCGUUGAGCCAGGCAACAUCCCGGGAGGCGGGAUUGAGGCGCGGUACGCCGCCGCUGGAAUAUCCGGCACCGCGACACUCAGCAGCCUCCAGAGCCCGGCCGCGUCCCAACGACUGGCGCAAUACGCACAACACCCGGCUAUCCAGCUGCCUCUAGCUACGCAGCUACCCCCGGCUACUCAGCUACCUCCUCGCCCGUGGACACCGACGGAGGCUCCGGAUCAACAACCUCAUGGACCUCCCACGGUGUACCAGGGAGCAAACCCCGUCGCCAGCCCUGCCGUUUCCCCUGUCUCCAGCGCCCAGUUGACCCGGCCGUCGAGCGCCAGCACAACCUCGAGCGCAAACGUUAACCCGAGUGCCAACGCUAACGCCAACGCCAACGCCGGACCUGCUCUCCAGAUCAGUGUGCUGGAACAGGACUUCCAACGGAUGCAGAUGUCGCCCAGUCCUCCACCCGCCUACUCUAGCAUCAAUCCGGCUGGAGCCUCUUCGGCGUACCCCAACGAGAAGCAACGGCCUAGCCAGCCGAGCUCGAGCUCGACGCCUGCUCAGGCUACCCAAUCAACAUCGCCGCCCAAGAAGCAGGCCGAGGUAGCGGUAGCGGCAACAGCGGCGGCAGCUGGACUAGCAUCUCCGGCUCUGCAACACCCUGGACACCCCGCAUUCGCCAACGAUCCGCGGCCGGAGACCCAAGCGAACGGCCAGCAGGCUCAGGCCGUCACGCACACACCCUCGCCUUUCCAGGGACAAGGUCCGACCGAGCCGCCACCGCUACCGGAGGGUUGGAUCGCGCAUCUCGACCAGAACUCCGGCCAGUACUACUAUAUCCACCUGGCGACGCAGGCGACGCAGUGGGAGUUCCCCAAGGGACCCAACCCUAUUCAACAUGAAGUCGCUCCUCUAUCUCCUACCGCGUCGACCUACGGCAACCCCCUCGCCUCGCCUAUGCUCGGCAAGCAGAGCGCGUUGGCGUCACCCAUGUUCCCGCCGCAGACGCCCGGGUACGCCGAGAGUAUCAUGAGUGUCGCAACGGCGACACCGACCGCCGCUGGCUUCACGGGCCCACCCGGCGGCACCGGCGUGGAUAUGUACAAGGUGCAGCCGACGAAUGGCGUAUACUUUGGCCCCUACCUGCGGUACGUCAACAUGGAUGUCGAGAAGGGCGUCUGGCUCGGUAGCAUCCUCAUCGUCACGGACACCCCGCAGCCGCCGACGAUUCACCUCCACCUCAGCGUCGACCUGUCGCCGAAUCCGCGACAGCUAGUGCCUCACAAUAUAUACACGCACCAGCGGUGGCAUUUCUUUAAGUACGACGUCGACUUGCAGAUGGGCGAGACGACCGAAAGAUGGACAUACGCGGUGACGUCGCAUCUGGGGUGCACGCGGUACGAAUUCGUGGUCGCGGGCCGCAGCGAAAUGGGCUGGCGGAUCGUGGCGCACUCGGGCAACGACUUUGCCGCUAGCACGUCACAAAGUGAGCGUAGCAAGCUGGGCGGGUUGGGCUUCAUGUGGAAAGACGUGCUGCAGAAGAACGUCGACUGCGGCGGCUUCCACGUCCAGCUCGGCCUCGGCGACCAGAUCUACGGCGAUCGUCUGUGGAAGGAGGUGCCUCUCCUCAAGCAGUGGCUCGCCAUGCCGGGUAAGGACAACAGAAAGAACGCGGCGUGGACGGCGCGCCACGAGGAGGACGUUACGCACGCGUAUUUCCACUUCUAUACCAGCCACUUCGACCAGCCGUUCCUACGCGAGGCGUUCGCGCAGAUCCCACACAUCUGCCAGAUUGACGAUCACGACAUAUUCGACGGCUACGGCUCCUACCCAGACUAUAUGCAGAACUCGCAGAUGUUCAAGAACAUCGGCCGGAUUGCAGUGGACAUGUACCUGCUCUUCCAGCACCACACGACGCUCGAGGUCCUGCGCAACGUCAACCACGACCUGGACUUGUUCACGGUCACUGGCCAGGGCUGGCACUUCGUCAAGUACCUAGGGCCGGCGGUGGUGGUGGUGGGUGUGGACCUGAGGUCGGAGCGGACGCAAAACCGCGUGCUCGCGGGGCCGACAUAUCAGGGGUUGUUUCCGAAGGUGGCGAUGUUGCCGCCUAGCGUACAGCAUUGCCUAUGGAUGCUGUCGGUGCCGCUCAUCUACCCGCGGCUGGAUACGGUGGAGAGCCUGGCCAACACGUUCGCUACGGGCAAGAAGGCGGUCAACACGACGUACAACGUGCUCGGCAAGGUGACGAGUUCGGUAGCCGGCAUCGUCGGCGGAAAGGAGAUGGUGGCCCAGGGCUUCAGCUCGGUCAAGAAGGCGGUCGGCAAGUCCGGACUCAUGGGUAACGUCGUGAACCAGUUCGGCGAUCUCGAUAUCGGCGAGAUCUUGAAGGACAUGUGGACCCACGAAACAAAGGACCUCGAGCGAACAUAUCUGAUCCGUACGCUGCAAGGCAUCUCGCACCAGAAGGGCUUGCGGAUGACGUUCUUGUCAGGAGAUGUCAACGCGGCAGGCGCCGGCCUUGUACACGACCCGGCGCACCCGCACGAUCACAAGACGAUGUACCAGAUCGUAACGUCGCCGAUCGUGGCGGCGCCGGCGGCGCACUACAUCCUGAAGAUGCUGAACGGCAGCGGGAGCAGCAGCGGGCGAGCGCACUACGUGCCGGCGAACGGGCAGCGCUCGACGGCGCACGAGGUGAGCGACACGAAGGAGGACAUGAUGGAGAUCUUCCACACGGACGCGAGCGGGGCGCCGCGCGAGCUCAAGCGGCUCAUGGGGCGGCGCAACUACGUCGCCGUGGUCGCGUUCGACCCGGACGCGGCGGCGCAGCAGCAGCAGCACCAGCUCCUGAUGCAGCUCCAGCAGGCGGGGCAGGCGCAGCCGCUGCCCCAGAAGGAGGGGGGCCUCACGAAGCUCAGCCUCGCGGUCGACUUCGUCGUCCAGGGCGACGGCGCGUUCACCGCGCCCACCAAGUACGGGCCCGUCAUCGUGCCGCACCUCGAGUUCGGGCGGUAAAAGGCAAGUUGAGUGGGGGGGAGUGUGGACGGGAGGUGAGGAGGAGAGAAGGGGAGGCAAAGGGAGGCAGAGUGAGCGGCGCUAGCUGCGGUUGUACCUAGCGGUAGCUGUCGUGGUGAUGGGCGAUGGUGUGUGGUGGCGAGAUGUAGUCUGUACGCAUGUUGCCGCGCGGUGUAGUUAGUCUGUUAGGCUGUGCCAUGCUAUGUCGUUAUCGUAGCUACAUUACCAGCGUGCGGACAUCCGGUUUACGUGUGCAAAGGACGGCCGGGGCGGCGCGUCUUCACCCCCCUUUCUACCUCGUACCUCGAGAACCUAGCGAGUUAAACGCCGAGACCCAGAUGGGCAGAUACUCCUCCCCGCCUUCUCCCUCCUCGCAUCGCCAGUACGGCUACUGCCACUCCUCCCUACGUAUCAUCACUCGAGCGCAUACUCCCGGGUCUCCGUUCUGUCGUGGGUAUUUUAAUCUAUCGGACGGGGGAGAGAGAAAAAGAAGGAGAAGAGGGCACGGGCACCGCUCCUUUCUA